CCCACGUGAGUCACAUGUGUUGCAGCGACCAAUAGGACGGAGGCAGUGAAUUUAAAAGCGAGCCGCGGUUUCCUGAUUCACUGCGUCACAUGAAAACAAACCUCUGGUCCAUCAGCAAGGAACAAACUGCGACUCACAGAGAAGAUACAAUGGACAACAUAAUCUUUGCAGAGCGGGAGAAUGCAGGUGUCCAUGCGCCCUCACUUAAGAUGCGACAGCGACUUCAGUCUGCUCCAGAAAAACUCCUGAAAUCUUCUAUGAUUGCCAAAACCUUCCACACGCCUCUGCCAUCUGGUCGAAAAGCCUUCGGUGCCGUCAACAAGAAAAUAUCUACCCCUGCCAUCAACACCCAAGAGAAGCAACAACUGAAGCCUCAGGAAAUUAAAGUCAAGCAGGCUCCUGGUACCGAAUUGGAGGAAUAUCCAGAAAUUGAGAACUUCUUCCCUUAUGACCCACUAGCGUUUGAGAAGAACGUCAUACCUGAAGAUUUGGUUCCCCUCAGUGGCCUCGCUCUACCUGGCCUAGCAUUUUUCCCACAAUGUCUGCGUGUGAGGAAGGAGGACCUGAAAAAGUUGGACCCUCUCCCAAACAUGUCCCCUGUGAAGAUGCCAACACGUUCAGAUGACUGCCUGGCUCUGGAAGCCUUUCUUCAAACACUGGAAGAGCUGUCCGUUGAACUUCCUCCAGAGUCGGUUACUGACUAACUGUUCAUGAAUGUGCUUUGUUGUGACUGUUCUUUUAUCUGAAAUAAAGUGGUUUUAUCUGUU